CGGAUCCAGAGGUAGUUCGUUGGGUUCGUACGAACUACCCUUCCAGCUAGUAUAUAUUAGCUAGCUAGCUAUAUUAUAGCUGUACUGUCGUGACAAAGUACGUCCUCUCUGCCUAAUAAAAGGGUGGGGCUGGUUCUCUUUGCAUAAUAAAAGGGUGGGGCUGGUUCUCUCUACAUAACAAGAGGGUGGGGCUGGCUACUGCAGCCACAUUGAUUUGCACCGUGGUCAAGCGAUAAUAUUAUUAUAUCUAGCCAUGAAUCCUUGACUCCUGGUGUAAGAAGAGGAAAGUUUCAGGUAAGGGAGAGUGCAUGACACUGCAUAUUGAAUGACACUGCAUACUUACAUGUAUAAUUGCUAUAAUCAUUAAUAAUAUUGAUGGUCAAGUUCUACAAGUCUAUAGAAGUCUCCUCUUCACCAGCCACCACCGUCUGUCUUUCCACUGGGGACCACUACUAUCUCUCCUCCAGUCACAACCAUCUCCUGUGUUUAUAAAUCAUGAGGGAGAACAUGAGGGUUAAUUAGUGGGCGUGGUACUUUAAAAAGGGCGUGGUCACAAAAAUUUCGGCGCUGCGCGCCGAGUGAACUUCUUGCCCGCGCUUUGCGGACAAGAAGUACUAUAGGAACCCCCCUUCCUUAAAUCCUGGAUCCGCCCCUGCUAUAAGGAGUGAGUAGCCACCAAGGCUAACUGUCAAUGGCCACUCAAGCAACCCCCGACCAUUCUCCAGAGUAUCUGUCCUUCCAAGAGAACUUUGAAGCAUUGGUGUCCACAUUCAAAGCUCAACCUGCUGCAUACGCUGAUAGCCUCUUCUCCAAUGGCUACAUACCAGAUGAAGUUCUCGAGUACUCUAGACUAAAUGGAGUUAUGAACUCGGAUAAAUCUCGAAAGAUUCUGGAUACUAUCAUCCAUCAAAUUAAGCUCAAUCCCAGUGUAUUCCACGACUUUAUCGCUGCCAUUGCUGGCCCUUCUACUGACGAUGUUGUCAAGAAGCUACAUGAUAGUUACGAGCUUCACAAGACUGCGACCAGCCGUGUUGAACAGCCGCAACUCUCUCCACCCCCACACCAGCAACCUCCACCAGAGGCUCCGACGUCCUUCAGCUUCCCACACCUCAACACCUCUAGCCUUGAUGAUGAUGUUAAAAUUGAAUUAGAGGAUCGGCUCAUACGUGAUACAAGAGAAAUGAUUAUUAGGUUCACUGCUUUUACUCUAAUUAUACAAAGAUCAUUUGAAAACCAACGGAUCCCAUUGGAUCAGAUUAAAGAUUCUCUUCUCAGCCUCGAAUCUUUCAACGACGGGAUUGGAGUUAAAGUCCUUGAGGAAAAAGAUAAGCAAAAGAUUGAAAAUGCCAAAAAUUUGUCCCAAGUCUUCAUGACUCUACGUGCUUUCAUCUCCUUCAAUUAUGAGAUAGUGCAGUACCUCAUCCAGCUGCUGGGAUCACCAGACGACCGAACACAACUGCGUGAGUAUUGUUCUGCACUUAAUGAGUUCUGCCAGCGAAAUGUGUUUGAAGUUCCGGCCGAAGCUUUCUCUUCAAUAUCUCGUAUCAAAACGGCUAAAAUGUUUGUUCUCAAGUGCACUGAGCGAGUAGCCACACUGGAGUAUGUAAAAAGGCUGAUUCCGAGAAUUGCUGAAGCCCUUGGUCUACAAAGAGCAGCGCUACAACUCAGUUCAGUCAGACAAGGCUGCUUGGAGCUCCACUUUCUCAUCACUGUAGCUGUUGCCAAGUGUAUCUACCCAGUGUCUCCUACUGUACAGUCUGCUCUCAGUGCGAUGGGGGUCAAAGUUCUCACCUGUGGAAGUACGGAUGAGGUGGAGACAUUACUGCUGGAACAGGAUCUGAGCAAACUCAAACUAGAAGGUGUUGAGAAGAUGUCUAAAGACACAAGAACGAGCACGACAACCUUCACUCAAAUGAAGGACACUAAAGAUACAAGAGGCUCGGACACAGUGGAGGCAACAAAGAGGGAGUCCAAGAACACUCAACCAGUCAAGAAGGGUCCCCCUCCCAGAGAGUUGAGACCUGCACUCACUCUGAAAUGGAGAAGAGGAAAAGACAUGCCAAUCAAGAUGGGCAUCUCGGUACAGAGUGUUGUUAUCGGUGACACGGUGUAUGUUGGUGGAGGGUUUGCAGACAAUGAUCGUGACAGGUGUACAGUGAUGAAGCUCGAGCAAGAUCAAUGGACCAAACUACCAGAGUACACUGCCAUGUACUUCGCUAUGACAUCACUCGCUAAUCGACUAGUGCUGGUUGGAGGAUAUGAUCCAAGUAACAAGAAACGCACCAAUCAGCUUGCAGUGUUUGGGUCAGGGGAAUGGACUCACCCGUACCCACCAAUGAACAUUGCUCGUAAUUCCUCAACAGCUGUCUCCUUCAACAACCACAUCAUUGUAGCUGGUGGGCGUAAUGAAGAACCUACCUCCUCUGUGGAGGUGUUGGACGUGGCAUCAAGAAGAUGGUACAUUGCUCAGUCACUACCUAACCAACGAUCAGUACUGAAAUCGACCCUCAUAGGAAACACCCUCUACCUAUUGGGAGGGUACGAUCACACUGGGAGUGCAACCAAGACAGUGCACCACGUCGACCUCAAUGAACUCAUUGCAAAGGCCCUUUCCAAUCUGGACACACCCACUCUCUGGCAGACCUUACAAGAAGUACCACUCGUGUGGUCAGCUCCUCUCAGUAUUGGGAGGUCACUAUUAGCCAUUGGUGGACGCGAUGACAGAGACAACCCAAGUUCAUCGAUCCACAUCUACCAGCUUGACACCAGGAGGUGGGUGAAAGUGGGAGACCUGCCUACUGCACGAUACAGCUGCACAUGCUCAGUACUUCCUAGUGGAGAGGUCAUUGUAGCCGGAGGACUGACAAAACCGUUUACUAGUAUUCAAACUGUUGAUUUCUUCUCUAUAAGUGCUAAUUAGUUAUUUUGUUAAUUGUUUCUCUUUAAUUGUGCGAUGAGUUUAUAACGAUAUUGAUAUUUUUUAUCAUG